UUUUAUUCAAAGAAUGGCUUUAAUGUUUUUAAAUUUUGCCUAUUAAUUUCUUCUACAUUUGUUAAUAUUUCCAUUUAUUUCAUUUAACUGUAACUUGAUAAAGAAGUGCUUUUUAACAUAAUUUCAGCAGCAAACGACCAGUUUUUUAAAACAUUUCUUUAUUUUUUUAGUUAGAUGGAAAACAACACCUUCAACAGACCCAUACUCCAGCUGGAGGGCUUAAAAGUUCGAGAGGAUUCUGUUCAUCUUGUCUUUUUCCUCUUUCUGUUUUCCUACAUAGUUUUUAUGAUUAUGAAUUUGGGCAUUUUAGCAAUAAUUUUUAUGGAAAAGAACCUUCAUCAGCCGAUGUAUGUGCUGUUUUGUAACCUGACCAUCAGUGAUAUCAUUGGAAGUACUCAUAUUUUACCCCGUUUGCUCUCAGACAUCUUACUGCCUCCUGCUGAACGUCUCAUCGGUUAUUAUGAAUGUGUGGUUCAGGCUUUUAUUACGCACAGGUUUGGCACUACUUCACACACUGUACUGAUGGUAAUGGCCUUUGACAGGUAUGUGGCCAUCUGUCAUCCUCUGCACUAUAGCACAAUAAUGACCAGGAAAAUAAUUGUUCAGUUGAUCGUGUUCUCAUGGGGAGCACCAUUUGUUCUGGUUGUAAUUCUGAUUGGUCUGACCGUACGGCUGAACCGAUGUAGGACUCUCAUCACCAACCCGUUCUGUGAUAACGCGUCUCUUUUCAAGCUCUCCUGUGAGAGUGUUGUCAUUAAUAACAUCUAUGGUCUGGCUUUCACUGUGCUGCUGUUUGCAACAUCUAUUGGCUGCAUUGUUCUAACCUAUGGUAAGAUCACUGCUGUCUGUCUGAGCACUAAGAACAAAUCCUUAAACAACAAAGCUGUUAAGACCUGCAGCACUCAUCUGGUUGUUUAUCUUAUUAUGUCGCUAAGUGGAAUUACAAUCAUAGUUCUCCAUCGGUUCCCUCAGUAUUCAGAUUAUAGAAAACUCUCUGCUAUUCUGUUCGUUAUUGUGCCGGGGAGCCUGAACCCGAUUAUUUAUGGUUUACAGUCAAGGGAGAUACGAACUUUCUUAUACAAGAUUUUUCUUUAUCAAAAAUGUUUGCCAUGCUGUAAAAUUAAAUCAUUGAUCAAACCUCAGAAAGAUUGA